AUGACUCCCAGGAUGAUGAAGGCAGCUUCUACAGUCUCAUCCAAACAGCCUCGUGAACGGAUUGUUAACUCCUCAAUGUCUCGCUCACGGAUGGACUUUGCUACACUAGGUCGUGCGCCUCUACGGCUUGGUCUUGGAACACGGCGAGUAACUUCACGCGAUCUUGAAAUUGUCGAGGCAACGGAGCAGCUACUGCAUGUCGAAGUGCCGGAACCGGACGGAGUUGCUUCGAACGUCAGUCUGCUGCGGGGAUUCAACGCGACUAUUCCCAGUGCGGAGCAAAGCAAGUCUCGGAGAAGACAGAUGCGAAGUGUAGAUGCGCCGCAUAUCGGCUUGAAGAAGCUUGGAAUGAACGCUAGAGGGCUGCUAGCGGACGAAGAUGACCAUGAGGGACAGAGUGUAACCAGUGAAGAUGAUGUGGUAAUGGUGCCUCGAUCGGAUGCGACGCUUAGAAAGGGAAAGAGAAGAGGAAGGGAAAGUUUGAGUGCUACAAAGAUGCUUGGGAAGGACGAACUUACGCGUCAAAGGAAGGAGAUUCUUCGCGAUAAGGAGAACAUAAAUAUCAAGCGGAGCUUGGUCAACAAUGAAAUCAUGGAGAUCACCCACAAAAUUGAAGCAUUGGACGACAUACGAACGAAACUUGAACAAGACCUCAUCAAACUUCAGGAAGACGAGUUGGAACUUGACGACGAAUUACAAGGCGUCAAGGAGCGUUUAGAGUUCGAACAGUCAGGCCCGGCUCGAAUGUCCCAAUCGUUCCAGAUACUGCACAGGCCUGCUUUCUUACCCUCUGAACACGACGAGCUACCUCCCGGUGUAGCUUUCAUGACUCUGGACAGUCACACAGCACCAAUAAGCGCUCUUGAUUUCUCAGAACCGUACGGAACUCUCGUCAGCGCAUCUGUAGAAGACUCUCAACCCAUCGUCUGGGAUCUGCUCGCUGGAACAGAGUCCGGUCGUUUACGCGGUCACGUUGGGACUGUCAAGUGCAUCCAGGUCGAAGAUACUGUCUGCGUGACAGGUAGUGAAGAUUGUUCAGUCAGGUUAUGGGAUCUCCGACUUGUGGAUGCUGAUGGAAGUGAUGGGUGGGGAGACGAGGGUGAGAUAGUCAGUUUGAGCGAUGUGGCGGAAGAAGAUAGCAGUGAGGAAGGAACCAAGCCGAAUGGAAUCAGGAAUGGGAUUGGAAAGGAGCAAAAAGAGGAUGUGGCUUGUCUUCGUGUACUUGAAGGACACACAAAGACAGUGACUACGUUGUUCUUCGAAGAUAAUUGCCUGGUCACCGGCGCGUCAGAUAAGACGCUCAGGCAAUGGGAUCUAACAACCGGUCAAUGCGUUAUGACGAUGGACAUCUUGUGGGCUAUAGCGCAUCCGACAUCGAGUACGUUGGCAAAUAACCUUUUUGCUGGUGCCGCUGCUUCUGUAGGCACCUUUGCUUUCCCGAUGCCUCCUCGUGCAGAUGGGAGCUGGGAUAUGUAUGAAGACUACGUUGGUGGUGUUCAGUUCUGGGGUUAUGGACUCGUUAGUGGUAGCGCGGUGACGGUGCUGUACGAAUGUGGGACAGCACAUCGGACAUUAGCUGGACAUUCUGCACCUGUGACAUGCCUUCAGUUUGACGAAGUCCAUAUCGCUAGUGGAAGUUUGGAUAAGACGAUUCAAAUCUGGGAUGUUCGUACUGGAGGGGUAUUCGAAACUCUCAGAUACGACCACCCAGUCACCGCAUUACAAUUCGACACUCGUAAGGUCAUAGCAGCUACUGGCGAGAAUGGCGUAAAGAUCUACAACCGUACUAGUAUGCAGCACUCGACGCUCUUGACCAACGGACACACAAGCCCUGUUGAGAGACUGCGGUACAUGGAUCGCUACCUGGCCACAGGCGGACGCGAUUCUACCGUCAAGGUCUGGUCAUUAUGA